AUGUCUGAAACCGUACCUGCUGCGCCUCCUGUUACUUCUGCGGAAAAGACGCCUGUGAAGAAGGCUCGCAAGUCUGCUGGUGCCGUGAAGCGCAAGGCGUCCAGGCCCCCGGUAUCCGAGCUCAUCACCAAGGCUGUCGCCGCUUCUAAGGAGCGCAGCGGCGUGUCCCUGGCUGCGCUCAAGAAGGCGCUGGCAGCUGGCGGCUACGACGUGGAGAAGAACAACAGUCGGAUCAAGCUGGGUCUCAAGAGCCUGGUGAGCAAGGGCACCCUGGUGCAGACCAAGGGCACGGGCGCCUCGGGCUCUUUCAAGCUCAACAAGAAGUCGGCCACCGGGGAAGCCAAGCCCAAAGCCAAGAAAGCGAGCGCGACCAACCCCAAGAAGGCUACUGGGGCAAAGAAGCCCAAGAAGGCCACAGGCUCUGCCAGUCCGAAAAAAACCGCUAAGAAGACGCCGAAGGCAAAGAAACCAUUAGCAGGUACCGGGGCCGAGAAAGUGGUCAAGAGCCCGAAAAAGGUGAAGCCAGCCAAACCAAAGAUGGCCAAGAGUCCAGCCAAGGCCAGAAUUCAUAAGCACAAGGUGGCCAAGCUUAAAGCGGUCAAGCCAAAAAAGGCGGCCCCCAAAAAGAAGUAA